AUGUCAUUUCCGAAAAAUAGAAGCGUAAGUGUUUCAAAAGGUUUAAUGGCGGUGGCAGAUGUGAAGUUAAAUUCACCAACUCAAACAAACAGUCAAAGUGUUGUUGUCAAUGUCAAAGAAAGAGAUGUUGAAGUGGGGAAACCAUACGAAGACGAAGAUGGUAUAACAAUAGUUCCUGUAAAAGAACAACCAACAUACCUGAAGUUAGCAGAGACUUAA